CCCUAUAAAGCCUGAGUGCAUUUCUUCUAGUUUUCUUUAGUUCUUUUUGUUUUCUUUACCAUCGUAGGUUUCUUAUGUUCGAACGCCUAUUUCAGUUCCAGCCGCCCGUCCUUUCCAUUACCAGCCACUGCACACUACCGUCGUCUCAGCGGCUGCUGAAGCACUCUGCAGUCUCUCUUUUUUUCUCCGAUUCCAAGGUUUGUAUUACUUGUUUUAUUUGGGUAGGUUAUGUUAGUUUGUACUGUAACCCCUACCGAGAAUAUAUCGAUUGCUUCUUCAUUCAGUGUUCAAUUAGUCUAAACGAAAUUAGAAAGCUAAGAAUCUAUGCGACAUAAAAUAGAAAGGGAAAAAAAAAAAAAACCAGGUUGAUUGAAUGGCGUUGAAUUUGUUUGAAUUUAGAAGUAACUAUCGAUGUAGUAAUAUAGGAGAAACUAAUGGCUCAGGGAGGCGUUUGCAUAGAUGUGACAUCUGAAUUUCAAGUAACUUUUAAAUUAUUUAUCGCGGGUUAUUGGGUUUUAUUUUACAAUUUCGAGCCAGAUUUUUUUUUAUUUUGAUUGAAUGGUCAAACCGAGGAGAGUUACGUUAAAAAAUUAAAAAAAAAUGGUUUACCUUUGUGGAGUCUUCAGCCGCCAGACCUCCGCCUACCCCCUCCCCCAUCUCUUUCACCCUCACGCAGCCACACGCCUACAAAACAAACGCCAGCUCCCCUGCCGUCCGCCACGUCUGUCGCCGUCGACCUGCACUCUGUCGAGUGUCGUCUGUUUGUGCCGGUAGGAGGGUAGGUGUAGGCCCAGCGUCGUUCUCUCUCUCUCUCUCUCUCUCGCCUGUUUCUAUCAGCGGCAGUGGCAGGACUCCGCCGCACGCCGUCACCACUCUGUUGCUGCCGUCUUCCGUGUGCCACUGCUCGCCGUCGUCCAAUUAUAUCGCCGCCGCUUCUGUGAGUUCGCCCGAGCGCUGGUUUGAUUCGAAGUUUGGAGGUUCUCAGCAUGCUGUCCAGCAAGGGUAUCGAUUGCCGUGGGUGAUUUUUGGAAUUCGUUGCGAAGUUUGGAAGUGAUUUUGGAUCAAAUAACAUUGGGAUAAGUUGGUUAAAAUUGUGGUUGGAGUUAUGUCCAGAAGGUUGUAAAAUUUGGUUUAUGUUGUAGGGGUAAAGAAACUAUUUUGCUUGGAUCAAAUUCGAGGAAGGAUUAAUCAACCACCAAAUUUCAAUGGCGGACAAUAAAGCUUCUCAAGAUCUAAGGAAACACGCAUUGGAGGCAUUGGAGCGGAGGUGUGCUGCUGCUAAAGUCGAACUUCUUCAACAACAGAAGAAGAUUAGUUCUACAGAGAAAUUAAAGAAAGAAGUCAAGGGAAAAUCGACUUUGAACGAUUCCAUUUCAGUUGUUUCAAGAAAUCAGUAUGACUCUUCAAUUCUUUUGCCCUCUGAAGGGAAACCCCCAAGUAAAGAUGUGAAUGAAAGUGAUCCUAUAUAUUUCACCCUCUCGGCUGCUGUGAAUGAAAAAUUGAUGGCUACAACUAUGGAUGUUUCAAAUAAUAGAGGAAGAGUGGUUGACAGGAUCUGUCACGAGCUAAGAACUAGUGGUUACAUUAAGCGGUCAAAAGAAUUUAAAGUUGAUGCUUGUAUCCUUCUUGAUAACUUUGUUCCAAAACGUGCUGGAAUGAUUGGCUCUCGUAAGAGAGCUUUGCGGAGCAAUUCAAAAAGAUCCAAAAGGCAUAUGUCCAUGAGGCAACAUAAAAAGUGUGGAACAUUUGACUUGCCUUCUGAUUUCCACAAGUUUGAAAUCUUUUGGCCAAUGCACGAUAUGUGGAAAAGCUAUAUGAAACAACGGUUGCACCAUGUUGGUGGUCUAUCGUCUGUUUCAUUGGGUGAUCAGAGUUUCAAAUCUUGCAGGCCAGAUGCGUUAGCUCGAAAUCUUCUCAUUGCAGAUCUUCAUGGUGCCAUGAUCCGAGUUGUCGAGUGUCAAAUACCUGCUUUUACUGGAACAAGUGGCAUCAUGAUUCGAGAAACUGCAGAAACGUUUGGAAUCGUGACGAAAGAUGAUAAGUUUCGAGUUGUGCCAAAGAAGUCUUCUGUGUUUAUUUUCCAAUGGGAUUGCUGGAAAGUUACAUUGCUGGGAGAUAAGCUCAGUUCAAGAAUUCCCAGUUUGCCAUCUUCUAAUUGAUUCCACUAAAUUAUGUAACAUCUUUUACAAUAAUUUUUACAGUGUACAGGUAAGUUCUCUGAAAUUAAUUCACUUUGAUUAUUAAAUUCUAACGUCGUUGUAAGGAAACCCUUCGAGCCUGCAGAGAAUUGAGUUAAUUUAAGUUUGGUUUAAUAA